AUCGAGACGGCCGGGUGGGGGCGAGGCGACGGUCUUUCUCUCCCUCGCCGUUCUCUGGCUUUAAAAGAAGAGCAGCUACACGGAAAAAAGAGCUCUCGCUCGCCGUAUUUCGUACCCUUGAAGACUUGGCGAGAUCUACUCCCUUUUCCUUUCUCUCUCUGUCGCUUCUUUUAUCGUUAUCGUCUCGGUGGAAGGAUUUUGUCUCCCUCUUUCCCUCUUGCGGCCAAUCUCGGAAAGUUUUAAGGGUUUUCUCUUUUGUUUCUUGCGAUGGAAAUCGGUGGGAUUUUGGCUCAUAUUCUGCAAUGCGGAGAUAUGCGGAGUUGAUUUCAGUCAGAUCUUUAAAUCCAGGGUUUUCCUGCACGGCGUUCUUCUUUUUUUGUGUUUUCCUUGCCCCUAGUUUUGUUACACUCCGCUCUCCAAUAAGCUUUUUAGUUAAUUUUCUGCUGCAGACGCGCGCGCGCACUUCCAAUGAUCCGGGAAUCACGGAAGCGGCCGUAACUUUCUACAUAUUUGGUGGAUCAAGAUGAUGGGAAGUUUUGUUACAAGAGCCUUGGUGUUAGUAAUUCUGACAUGGAUUAGUUUUUUUGGUUUUUUAGCUGCUUCAUUACAUUCGAGUAGAUCUUCGUUUCAUGUUUCUUGUCUUCAGAAAUCUUUUUUCAAAAAAGUGAAUUUGGAUGAGAACUCGAGCGUUUCUGUCUGCAGAUUGGUCCUUGGCUAUGCUUAUCCGGCCUAUGAAUGCUUCAAAGCUGUGGAGUUGAACAAGCCAGAGGUUGAACAGCUGAUAUUCUGGUGUCAGUAUUGGAUUUUAGUUGCUGCACUGACCGUCUUUGAGAGGGUUGGAGAAUCUUUUAUUUCAUGGGUACCAAUGUACAACGAGGCAAAGCUGGCAUCCUUUGUAUAUCUUUGGUACCCAAAAACAAAGGGAACCACAUAUGUCUAUGAAACUUUCUUUCGGCCAUAUGUUGCAAAGCAUGAGAAUGAAAUAGAUCGUAACUUACUUGAGCUGAGAACGAGAGCUGGGGAUAUUGUUGCCCUUUAUUGGCAAAAGACUGCAAGCUAUGGCCAGACAAGGCUUUUUGAAGUCUUACAGUACAUUGCUUCGCAGUCACCCUCGCAGUCAUCGAGAUCACACCCUGUCCAGGGUUUGGGCAGAGGGAUGGAUCUAGUGUUCCUCGACGAUAUCAUAAACUGCCUGGUGGAGGUGCGAUCGGCAAGGCCAGGCCAGCAGGUCCAGCUACCCAAGGCAGAGAUCCAGCAGCUCUGCGUUGUGUCAUGGGAUAUCUUUCUUAGCCAGCCUAAUCUACCAGGACUUGAAUCUCCCAUCAAGAUCUUCGGUCAGCUCUCUCUCUCUCUCUCUCUCUCUCUCUCUCUCUCUCUCUCUCUCUCUCUCUCUCUGUGUGUGAACUGUAGGGAGAUCCUUACCUUGUUCUGUUUCUUGUUUAAUCAGUUCAAAAGGUUUGCGUAGGAUCCAUAUUUCAUGUUAGAGAUUUGCUUUGGUGGUUCGGAAGAAUCUUAGUUGUUCAUGGGAAGGGAGAUUGGCAUAAAUAUGGAAAGAAAGUUGAGCUCUUCCCAGGGGAAAAUGAUAUUGCAAGUUCAAAAGAAACCUAGGGUUUCUUUAUCAAGAAAGAUGGGUUGAGUUUUUGAUAAAGAUCUGAUCUUGGAAAAAAUGUAAUCAUGCACGUUACUUAUUCAGGUUUUACUGUCACAUUUUGUGUUCCCUUUUGCCCUGACGGAUGUCUAUGAUCUUUUGCCAUUUAAUGGUUCAACUUUUUUUAUGUGAUCUCUUUUAGUAAUUGGAAAUUUGAGAAAACUGAAAUCAUUAUUUUCUUGUUUAUUUUUUUAGGAUAUCUAUAUUAGAGGUACAAUUUCUGCCAGCUGCAUAUUCUCUAGCUUGCAAAGCUGUUAAGGAAAAUAGCUCUGGAACUUGUGCGUCUUCCCAGUGACGCAAUCAACCUGUGAAAGUUCAACUCUUUUUGAUUUGAUUUAGUUAACACAGGAGCCAACCUACAUGCUAUAUUACAUCUAUUACUUUGGCCUAAACUAAAGAAUAAACAUAUAUUAUAUCUAGGCAGUAUAUCUUGGUGCUUGGGAACUCAGGGACCAAUGUGGACAGCCUGUCUGCCUCAGCUACUUUGUUGUUUUAAAUGAAGUAUUCUCAAACCUCCUACAGUUCUUUGGUAUUUCGCAUUUGUACAGAUGCAAAAUAACCACUUCAAUGACUGCAAAUUUUAUUAUGUGAACGGAAUUACACAAAAUAAAACCUAGGUUUAAAUUUAUACAUAUCAAAAAACUCUAGAACUUCCAAAUGAUCUUAGAGAUUAGAACUUCUUGUACCAUAAAAUACGACUUGAACAUAAAGAUCUACAAAAAAUAUGUACUCAUUUGAGGAUAAAAUGCCCAAUCUUUGAUGCUUUCUACAUAAAUGUUGAGUAUAACUGUGCAUCAUCUAUAGUUAACUUUUCUGAUGCAUUGUUAUAUUUAAUCCUACCCUGAAUGCUUGUUCAUUGAGUGUGAAGAAGCUCUACUUCUUUGGGUAACUGUUUAUUCUGCGUGCAUUGUUUGUAAGAGGAGAUACUUGCAUGAUUCCUAAGACUAGGGCGUCUGCUUGUAAAAGGAAGAUAGCUGUUGGUUUUGACUUUGAGAUAGUUGUUGGUUUUGCCCAUGGAUUUCUUAAACGCGACAAAGUUAUCUCUCCUGGGAAUUUGUAUGUAAUGCUCUGUUUCAUUUUCAAGUUUCAGAUGGUAUCAGAAGGGCAGUUUUUGAGGUAGGAAAAUCUAUAAAAGCUGUAAAGGAUUAAAUGUCAUCAUUGUUUCUAUCUAUAUAAACUAAAUAAAUUGCUAGCAUAUAUUGAGGUUUAUGUCGUGGCAGGAUCUUGAAUUAUUGAAGUUCCAAAUGUUAGAUUCUAGACUCUUGAUAACAUUUGUUUUCGAGUUUCAUACUUGUUUCAAAUAUAGCACCAGCUUUUUGACUACACUCAAUUUUAUUGAUGAGUUGUUAUAUUGGC